AUGAGUAUUAGAUCUCAUGUACAGCAGCAGAAUAAGGGCUGGAUAUUUGCUAUCACCAAAAACAAGUUCGUGGCAGUUGGCUGUGACACUUACGCAUACCUCAAUGGUGUUCUCAACGGUGAACCGUUUUCCAUCGGCUGCCUGUCCAAAUGUACUAACAACACACACAAUAUAGUAGAUGGAACUUGCUCUGGGAUUGGGUGUUGCCAGAUAGAUAUUCCUACAGGUUUGAGAAAUAUUAAUUUUGCAGCAUAUAGCUUUUAUAGCCACAAAGAGGUCUGGUCUUUCAACCCAUGCAGCUUUGCCUUUAUUAUCCAAAGAGGCGAGUUCAAUUUCUCCGCAGCUUAUCUAACCAGUCUACAAAACAAUAGAACCCUUCCAAUGGUUCUUGAUUGGGCAAUUGGUAAUGACACAUGUGAAGUUGCUCUGAACAAAGGGAAUUACAUAUGUGGAGCAAAUAGCAAUUGUUCUAAUCGCACCAACGGACCUGGGUACCGUUGCAAGUGCAAGGAAGGUUAUGAGGGGUACCAUUCCUCCAAGAGGGUUGCCAAGGAUCCGAGGACGGGACAAGAGCUUGGGACUGGUCUCAGAGUUGGGCACGGUGAGGCAUGUGUAGCUGAUCAACCUGCUCCUAAAUCAUCACUUGCAAUUAACCUCUCAAUUGAUGAUCGUAUUGUGGCCAUCAAGAAAUCCAAAAUGGUAGAUCAAAGCCAAAUUGAGCAAUUCAUCGAGGUAGUUGUACUUUCCCAAAUUAAUCAUAGGAAUGUGGUUAAACUAUUGGGUUGUUGUUUGGAGACAUCAGUUCCUUUAUUGGUCUACGAAUUCGUAGCGAAUGGCACCCUUUUUGAGUACAUACAUAAUGAAAGCAAGGUGUCCACUUUAUCAUGGGAAAUUUGUCUAAGGAUAGCUACAGAAACAGCGGAAGCACUAUCAUAUUUGCACUCUGCAGCUUCUACACCUAUAAUCCAUAGAGAUGUCAAGUCUUCAAACAUUUUGCUUGAUAGUAGUUACAUAGCAAAGGUAUCAGAUUUUGGAGCUUCGAGAUUGAUACCACUAGACCAAAUAGAAGUAGCAACAAUGGUGCAGGGAACUAUUGGAUACCUGGACCCAGAAUACUUGCAUACAAGUCAAUUAACUGAGAAAAGUGAUGUUUAUAGCCUUGUAGUGGUCCUUGUAGAGCUAUUGAUAGGGAGAAAGACGCUUUCAUUUUAUAAGCCCGAGAUGGAGAGAAGUUUAGUUACGUAUUUUCUCCUUUCUUUGAAAGAGAAUAGAUUGUUUGAAGUCCUUGGGAAACAUAUAGCAAAAGAAGGCAAUGCCGAGCAAUUGAAGGAAGUGGCAAUUCUUGCAAAGAAGCGCUUAAAAUUGAAAGGGGAGGAUAGACCUACUAUGAAGGAAGUAGCAACAAAAUUGGAGGGUUUGCGAAAGAUGGAAAAGCAUUCGUGGGUCAAUUUUGAUUCGAACUUUGAUGAGAUUGAGCACUUGCUUGCUGAGACAUCAAAUUCUAGCAAUUAUGAUGUUAGGAAUAAAAGUAUUGGUGUACAUGAUAGUGUCAAAGACCAUGUAAUAUUGGACUUUGAUAAUGGAAGAUAAUCUUAGAGGAUGAUAGCCUAUAUUUAGUAGUGGUAAUUUUGUAGUUUCUUGUUUUUACACUCAUCAAUGAUGUCC